AUUAACCAAAUGACGUGUAUCUAAAAUAAACGAAGACAAUGUUGUCUCAACUUAAAUUUUAUAUAAACGUAUGUUUAUAGUUGAUAAAAACAUAUGUGUUUCCAAUUCCAGCUUAGAGCACAUACAAAAUCAGAGUAAUGCAAAAAUUAUGGCAAGUUUAGUACAUUAUAAAAAGUGAAUGAUAUGGCAACACUGCAAACAAAUUUCAUACUCAAUAUUCUUGUUAAAACUAUAUAUUAAACAAUUUUACAUUGAAAUCCUAAAAGGUGAAUACUUAAAGCUUUGCACGCAUUUGAUGACAUUUGGAUUUCGCUAUCUGUACACCCCAUGGAAAACAAGUCAGCAGUUUCAGCGCUUCAAGAGUAUUGCGCCCAGGCGAAAACCGGGAGUCCCGUUUAUGAGUAUAUUGAUGGCGCUGAUGUUGGUUACCUCUGUAAAGUCGUCCUAAUGGAUAUUGAAGCCUUUGGCAAUGGGCGAUCAAAGCGUGAUGCCAAGCACUUGGCCGCCGCCAAUAUAAUCCGUAAAUUACGCAAAAUUCCGGGCUUAAGUCACUUUGGUACCGAUGGCACAGAUAAUGGUGAAGAUAAUUGCAAUAUCGACAGCGUGGCUGAUGAGCUGACAAAUAUGAAUCGCGAUAUGCUGAAGGAGCUACGCGAUUAUUGUGUCCGUCAUGAUAUGCCGUUGCCUGUCAUCGAAAUCGUCCAGCAAAGCGGAUCACCAAAUGCUCCAGAGUUUGUGGCCUGCUGCUCGGUGGCGUCCAUCAAACGUUACGGCAAAUCUGAUAAAAAGAAGGAUGCACGCCAGCGUGCGGCCAUUGAAAUGCUGUGCGUUAUAUCGAACGAUUUGGAUCAAGUGUCUGCAGAUAAUCAGGUGGUCUCCACUAAGACGACUGGCAACACUGAUCUGGAUAGCAGCAUAGAGGAUGAAGAGAACGAACGUCGGCGCAAAUUCAAAACAUAUCGGGAGCUAACCGAUGCCGGCGGCGAAGAAAAUCAUUCCAUCAAGCUCUGCGAUCGUCACAAUUACUUUAAGUCCUUCUAUCCACACUUAAAAGAGGCCGCAUUUAAGGAGAUCAACUCUGAUAGCCACACUUCCAGCAAAUAUAAACUGAUAGCCGUGCUCGAAGCACUUAAACUUAAGCCAUGCAUCACCACCCUCGAGGGCAAGUCGGUUGAGCCUCUGCUACAGAUCGAAUUGAAGUGCGAAUACGAUUGCGUGUUUGUGGGGCUGGAGAGCAAGAUCUACAAUGAAAUCAUAGAAUAUUUUCGUAUUAUGCUAGUCUAGACUGAAAAGAGAGGACGAGUUCCAAAAAUGCCGUUGUUUCUGUUUACAUAUAUUUAACAUAUAUUUCAACUAAUACUUAAAAACUAAUUAAACGUGUUAUAUACACUUGAAAUAAUGCACAUGAUUAUAUAUGUAUGUAUAUAAAUAUAUAUAUGCAUAGUUGUAAAUUAAUAUCUAUGCUUAUAUACUUUGUACAUUUUGUAAUAAAAAUACAAUACAUAUAUAUGUUCUUCGAUUAUAAAA